AGCGGAAUGGAGCGGAGCGGAGUGGAGUGGAGUGAGUGAGGGAGUUGAGGCCACCCACCCACUCUUUCCCACAGCAGGUUUUUCCCACGCCCUCGAGGGUAACCCCAACAUCCUUUAGCGGCAGCAAUUCCAGGCGUCGUAGCUGGGAAGCGGGGCCGGCGGGGACGGAGUAGAGUGGGAGACGAAUGCCCAGGCCAGACCGGGGCAUUGUAGAACAGUAAAACAAUAGAAACUGCAGCCACUUACGGCAGAAUAAUAACUCUACGCCGUCGCGGGGGAUUGUUUAGUUCCAUCCCAGACUCUGACAUUGAACCAUCAUUGUCCGGCAUGCAUACGCCCGUAUGUAUGUAGCAUACAGGCGAUAAAAUGUUACACACGGCUCGGACCACUUUUAACUAAUAAAACCUAUCGUCGCUGCCGCGGGGCGACGGUGGCGAGUCUCGCGAACUCCGUUUUUAAUUGCCGUUCAGCGCAUUGCUCGUCGUCCCCUUGUACCUAAGUAAUUGUUCUCUGUCAAAAGUUCUUCGAGUCGGAGUGUUCGGUGCAGAUUUCCUCACCAUAGAACCGGCGACGCAUGCACAUACUUGCAUAGCUCAUAGAUACGCUCGUAGGGCCAAUCGACGUCGGAUGGUGCGGUGAGUUUGCGCGAGCGUUGGCAGAACUGUCGGAAAAUUCGUAAAGUGAACAGGUGUUUUUUGAAUGGAUUAAUUGUUAGCAAAAGACAGGCAGGCAAGUAGGCUACAGUUGUGUGCAGUGUAUUGCAGUUAGUUAUUCUCGGGACCGCCGCGAUGCUCCCGAAGUAAUAAAAGCUAACGAAUUGAGCUAUGGAUGCCAAAGCGGGCGUCUGUACCGAAAACAUUUCUCAACCUCGUAUAUACCGAAUCGAAAGAACCGACGAAACACGGCUGGACAUGGAUAAAGCCGUUCGCAGCAGUGAAAAAUAAGAUGAAGAGCUGACUUGCCGGCAAGUGGCAGGAAUCAUAUCCACUUCCGAGGAUGUAACUGGUGCCCCAAAAAGUGGUGCUCAGAAAUUGGUUUCCCGCCUGGAUAGUAACGAGUGUAAAUAUGCCGCAUCAGUUUGGGCUGCCUGCAAUGGCGCACGGCAUGCAGUCUCCCCCAUCUCCGUCGGCCGUGUCGUCAGCCUAUCCUAGAUUUGCCUCAUCCGGAGUGUACAGAUCGGAUACGGACCAGCGGUUGACGCGCGAAGCGAUGGAGCGCUACCUCCGCGAUCGAAGUGACAUGGUGAUAGUGAUCCUGCACGCUAAGGUAGCACAGAAGUCGUAUGGCAAUGAGAAGCGGUUCUUCUGCCCUCCGCCAUGUAUAUACCUCUUUGGGGAUGGCUGGAGAAUGCGUCAGGAACAGAUGUUGCGUGAGGGGGAGUCUGAACAGUCGGCCCAGCUGUGCGCGUUCAUUGGUAUCGGCAACUCGGACCAAGACAUGCAGCAGCUCGACCUCAACAACGGGAAGCAGUAUUGCGCUGCUAAGACUUUGUACAUAUCAGACUCUGACAAGCGAAAACAUUUUAUGCUGUCGGUCAAAAUGUUUUAUGGUAGCGGACACGACAUAGGUGUAUUUCACAGCAAAAGGAUAAAGGUGAUAUCGAAGCCUUCAAAGAAGAAGCAAUCCCUCAAGAAUGCCGAUCUAUGCAUCGCUAGUGGCACCAGGGUCGCCCUGUUCAAUCGUCUCAGGUCUCAGACUGUCAGCACUAGAUACCUCCAUGUUGAGAACGGCAAUUUCCACGCCAGCUCGACCCAGUGGGGAGCCUUCACCAUACAUCUUUUAGACGACAAUGAAAGCGAGUCCGAAGAGUUUCAGGUACGGGAUGGGUACGUUCACUACGGGAGUACGGUGAAGUUGGUCUGUUCGGUAACAGGCAUGGCCUUGCCGCGUCUGAUAAUCAGGAAGGUAGACAAGCAGAUGGCAAGUCUGGAAGCAGAUGACCCUGUUUCUCAACUGCACAAAUGUGCUUUCUACAUGAAGGACACGGAUCACAUGUACCUUUGCCUAUCCCAGGAGAGAAUCAUACAGUUUCAGGCAACGCCAUGCCCCAAAGAAGCCAACAAGGAGAUGAUUAAUGACGGUGCCUGCUGGACCAUCAUAAGUACAGACAAAGCAGAGUACCAGUUCUUCGAGGGAAUGGGGCCUGUCCGUUCUCCUGUAACUCCAGUCCCCCUGGUUCACAGCCUACAUUUAAAUGGUGGUGGCGACGUGGCGAUGCUCGAACUAACUGGGGACAAUUUUACACCAAAUUUACAAGUGUGGUUUGGCGAUGUUGAGGCCGAGACAAUGUACAGGUGCCAAGAGAGCAUGCUGUGUGUUGUUCCAGACAUUUCCUUGUUCAGGGGGGAAUGGCUCUGGGUUAGGCAGCCCACGCAAGUCCCAGUUUCGCUAGUCAGGAAUGAUGGGAUUAUUUAUGCAACGGGACUGACGUUCACUUACACCCCUGAACCUGGGCCACGGCCUCACUGUCCUCCUGCUGACGAGAUAAUGAGAGCGCCAAGGUCCAUGCACGAUCCGAGUCUACCUCCUGCCAUUGCCGACGUUCCCUGGACCAUUCACCAUCAGCAGCCUCAGUCGGGACUCUGAUGUAUCGCGCACUGCCAGAAUCUGAGCAGUGGAUCGGCUUCUAUUGACAGCUAUAGUGACAGUGACGGUGAGAAUAGCUGUAGUGGUGAAAGUUUUUUGCGGCAAACUGACGAGACUCUUAGGAGGUGGGUGUGAUAUAUGCAGCGACAAUUUUAGGUGACACCGAAUUAUAGAAAUGGUUAUUAUCUAUAAAAUUUGUAUGAAUCUGGGUCACUGAGUACAGUGCUGCUGUUCGU